GGCGGCGGCGGCGGCGGCGCGGAGGAUGAAGUGGAGCGUGCGGGGAGCCUGCGCCGCGCUCUCCAGCUGCCUCCUGCUCGCCUGCGCCCUCAGCGCCGCCGCCGUGGGCCUCAAGUGCUUCUCGCUGGGCUCCGAGCUGAAGGGCGAGCCCUUCCGCCUGGGCACCGCCGCAGGAGCCUUCUACUCGGGGCUGCUGCUGGCCGCCGGACUCUCGCUGCUCGCCGCCGCGCUGCUCUGCUGUCGUCCGCCCGACGAGGCACCCGCGGCACCGGCUCCAGCCCCAGGCGCGGCACCAGCCCUGACCCCGGCUCUGGCCCCGGACCCGGACGGGGACCCGGACCCGGCAGGAGGUGGCACCGGCGGGGGGGAGGCGACGGCCGCACCGUCGGGGCCAGUGGAGAAGGCGCCGCCCGGGGGGCGGCAGAACUUCCUGCUGCUGGGGGUGCUGGUGUUCAUGCUGGGCGUGCUGAGCGCCUUCGCUGGCGCCGUCAUCGACGGCGACACCGUGUCGCUGGUGGAGAGGAAGUACUCGCACUACUGCCUGCUGCAGCCCGGCGGCGCGGCCCGCCCGCGGAGCGGCCCAGCGGUCCCCGACGGCUCCGCCGCGGCGCUUCGCUGCCAGAAGCUGCGGGACUACCAGCAAGGCUUGGUGCUCUCCACCGUCUUUAACGCGCUGGAGUGCCUCCUGGGCCUGCUUAACCUGCUCCUCGUCAAAAACUAUAAGGCCUCGCAGCAGCGCGGACGCCGGCGCCGGCGGCGGCGAGCGGCCCCCGCGGCUGCAGCGGCGGCGAGCGGGAGGCGGAGGCGGCGGCGGGGCGGCCCCUGCGGCAGCGGCGGCGGCGGUGGUGGCGGCGGCGGGCGGCGAGCGCCGCGCCACAGCCAGGGCUCCCUCUUCUCCGGCGGCGAGCCUGAGCUUAGCCCCGGGGAUUGCCCUUUCCAGGCCGUCUCGUACAUCAACGUGGGCGUCUUCCACGUCUUCGACGAGGCUGGCGUGGAAGUGCACUGCGGCGGGCACCCCUCCGUCGAGCUGCCUGGCUACUCGCCCAUGGACCCCGAGCUUAACGCCUCCUACCCCUACUGCUAUCCGCUGCCCAGUGAGCAGCCCCCGGCCUACGAGGAGAUCUACCCCAGGGAGCCCUGCGCUCACGGCAUCUAGCGCCGACCUCCGGCGGGACCCCCGACUGCCCGCCCGGCCCUCGGCUCGCCGUGGCAGCCGGAGCGGGAUCGGGCGCCGGAACGGGCCGGGAGUGGGUCCGUCAGCUCCUCGCAGCCGUGGGACUCGGGGACAGCCCUCGCAUCACCGACGGAACGGGUCUCGGGCAGGUGCCGCCGUGCCUCUGGCUCUGCGGAAGCUUCUCCCCUCUCCCUCCUUGCUCUCCCCUUCCUUCUCCCCGCUCCGUCCCACCGACCCUCCGUCCGCCGGCGGCUGAAUUUUCCGAAGGCUGCGCAAGAAACGCCUAAGGGUUGGUUCCUCCCGCUGCCUCUCCUCCGUAGCCAAGUUUAGUUCCCUUCAAAGUGAUUCAUCAGUCUCCAGCUUUAGCAGUCCAGAGUUACCCAUUUAUGAUAACCAGCCAGUGUAAGGAAAAGGUGUCAUGAAGCUUCUUUACCUCUCAAAAGAGCUAAAUUUCUAAACAACGCAGAGACAUUUGUGUCACGUUUACUAGAGAUGUAUUGGGGAUCUUUAACGUUUACACUACUCCUUGGGAGAAUUGAGUUCUGUUUUAAGAUUUAGUGAGUUAAAACAUUCAUUGGUCUUGUAAGAUGCACAUUGAGAAAAACCUGCACUUUGAAAAAGAAACAGGAAAAAAAAAAAAAAAUCAAGGUUUUUGUACACUAAUGUGCCUGCUUUUGUUGAUAACUUCUUACUGUAAAAGCUUUCAGAAGUCUAUAGUGAAAAUGUUUGGUAAAUUCACUGCAGUUUAAAAUCGAUGAUUAGUUCCUUUACUAACACAACUGAGAUGUUGCUAGGAUAUGGCAGUUAAAAGGAAGUCCAAAUGUCAUACACAUUCCGUUUUGUAAACAGGUUCUGUGUUUUUAACGCAAGGCAGGAUUUCUUUUUGUUUUACGCAGGCGAAGGGUUUAAUUCUAUUUUGUACAACUACAUGGUUUACCUUGUAAAGAGUUCCAUUUUACCUGUUACAAUUCAUCAAUCUGGUAAGCUUGAAUAUUAAAAGUUUUAUUCGAAAUAUAUGUAUUGUAAAGCAGCCUUAACUGGUGCAGUGGUCAGUUUUAAAGGGAAAAAAAAAAAAACCAAAAAACCAAAAAAAACCAAACAAAAAAUGAUAAACCAUCUUGGAAGACAUCUUCCAAAUGAGUUUCAAACCAAUAUUUAUACUCCUAUUACAAAGCAAGAAUUUUCUUCCUUUUUGUUUGUUUUUUUGUUUUUUUUUGUUUGUUUUUUUUUUUUUUUUUGUUGUGGUUUUUGUUUUUGGUUUGGUUUGGUUUGGUUUUUUUUUUAAAGAAAGAAGGCCACUUUAAUUCCUGAAAGGGAGGGUGGGGUGGUGAAAUAAUGGGAUGGUAUGCUGUUAACUCUUUCUCAGUUUAGAGGUAUUAAAAGGCGUUAUGCAAAGAGAAAAACUGCCAAAUCCUUUUGGAUUCUGCCAUGGAAUGCCCAUACCAGAUAGUGUCAGAAAGUGCUACUUUAAGAGAAGAGAAAUGGCAUAUUUUAUUAUAUCAUUCAAGAGCAGGUAAAGGCUUAAUUUCAUGUUCCACAAAAAACCAAAAAGCAACUAUUCAGGUUGCAAUAUCCCGUCUCCCAGUUACAGCAUACUGAAAUGAAGUAUUGCAAAAUAACCUUUCGCUUUCUGUUAAUCCUGUUUGGAGCCUGCUGCAUAAUGCCAGUGUAUCAGCUACCCAGAGACAGAGAGUUAAGGGAAUGAAAAGUUAUAGUGUGUUUCUGUGGUUAAUGGAAAAUUAUUUUAAAAUUUUUAGCUGCAGAGAGACUGACGUAAUUUACAGCCUUAGAAUUGGAGAGAGAAGAGUUUAGCCUAAAGAUAUUCAAAUCUCUUUGCACUGUUUUGUUUCCUAAAGUGUUUUGACUUGCACACUUUGUAUAAUCUAAAAUGCAUAAUGCCUGAGAAGUCUUAAAAUUGCAAACUGAUGUCUGUGAAGCUCACAAUGAAAGCUCUAAUCUAGAGGAGACAGUUAAAAGCAGCAGUUGCCAAUUUGCCAAGUAAUUUUAAAUAGCAGAAAUUUAAGACAGAGCUCUUUCUGGCCAGCAGAUAUCUUGUGCAGAACGCCAGCCUAAAACAUAUGCCCUAGCUAAGUCCCAUUUUAGUAACUGAAGAUCGGUUUUAUGCUGGCUCUCUGCAGAUGCGCUUCCUUAACCCCUUACAGGGAAGUGACUGGGAAGUCCAGAGACUUUACCCAUAAUACUAAUUUAGACACAAAACCAAUCCUGUAACAUACUGUAUUGUUCAUACAGCUGGGAUUUUGCAAAAUGAAUAACUAAAGCAAGGGGGCAAAAAUCCUAAUUGUAAGUCUCCAGUUAGAGGAGUUCAUGAGACAGCAUAGUACCCUGUACUGAGUUGAAUGGGAACUGCUAGGCUGCAGGGUGAUUUUGGAAAAUAAAGCAGCUGGGUGCCUAAAUACAGAUGCAGAAGUGUAAGAAUAGUUGUUGGCUUUAAGAAGAUUGGCUGUACACAUUGUAGAUCGUGGAAGUUGUAUCUUAGUUUUACUUAAGGAAUUGAUUUUUGACAUAAAAAGACAGUGUUUUACUUAAGAUAACUAUUUUAGGAAUUAUGAACUAGACAGUUCUGAAACUCCAGAUGUUCCAAAGAUCAGUGCUCAGGGAAAUAAGUGGAAAGUCAAGAAAGCUACCUAUUAUACUCAAUUGUUUAAAUGUGAACAAUUUUAAAUUAUGAAUUUUUAAGAUUGUUAAAUUCAUAACUUUUUUUUUUUUUACGUUUGUGUGUCUACGCACAUAUGUAAGUGUGUGUUUUAUUUAAGUCUGUUCAGAAUGCCAUUGAAUUAGGAUAUUUAUUUGUGAUUCAGUUUUAGUUCCUGAAUUUCUGCUUUUCUUCGUUUGGGCUUUUAUGUCCCAUAAUAGUUUAAUUUAGUGGUGGACAGAUUGCCAGAAUAAUGUCCAAGUCGGACUCCCACAGAAGCCAGUAGGCAUCAUUUCAUUGAUUUCAGUGGGUCUGGGCACAAAUGAUAUGUAACACCUACUCUAAAUAAUCUUUAAAGUAAUGUUGAUCUUCUGGCACGACAGGAUGCAGCAGUGGCAUAUUAGUUCUCAGUUAUUUAUUUGUAUGGACAGCAGUAGUAAGGGAGGUCACCUAUGGUAUUAUAUAUGUUUUUUAAAGAAAACAGGAAAAAGAAAAAAUAAAUUGGCAGACAAAUUGACCAAACAAGCCAUGUUUUCUUAAAGAUGGUAUACAAGUGUUUCAGGUAUCUGGUGACUAACUUUUCUGAUAAACCACCACACGUAUUUCUUUCUCAGUGAGAAGAAACUUAUAAAUACACAAUUCAAGAUGAAGCUUCACAAGCAUAAUUGCAGUAUUGUGAAGCCAUUUUUAGUAAACCUGAAUCAUCACUCUAUCUUCUGAGCAGUAAUGUUAGAGUGUAUAAACUGUAGUGUGCCAAAAUUGAAAAUAGGUUGGUGUGGGAAGCAUCGGAGCUUAGGUUAAUUACCUGAGACGAUUCAUACUGUCCCUUUAUUUUCCAUGUCCCAUCACAUGAUUGUCAAGGCGAAUGCAAGCCUGAUCGAUUCAUGUCACUGGAGGAUGUUAAUUGCAAGGCUUAUGCCUUAAGUAGCAAAACCAGGGAGUAUGGAAGAGAAACAUCAAGUAUGUGCUAUCAAAUCUCCAUUUUGCUUAGCUGAAGUAACAACAAGACUGCUUUUUGCCCCAUGGCUUGUUGUUUCAAUUUGCUUAGAGCAUUACUAGCAUCUGUUCAAAGAGAGGGAAGAACAGAUGCAAUACUGCUGGUUUGGUCACAGCAGAGUACGGAUUUGAUAACAGACUGUUCCCAGCUUUCCUGUCCCUUUUACAGGUAAUAGCGGCUAGCCAAGGGAUGAAAUGGUGGAAAAUCAAGUCUGUCGUCUUUGAUGCGACAUGAUCUCCCUUCAUGUGGAAAAAUGUAUUCCCACCAGCCUAUUAGCAAUUCACAUGAAUUAUUUUCACACUCAAACAUUCUUGCUUAUAUCUGUUACUUAUACUUUGCAUUGUAAUUGACAGACAGAAUAUAUGUGAAUCUAAAAACAGGGAAAAAAGGAUGUUAGAAGGAAAUUGUAUUAAAGUAGUACAGAUUUUACUCAAAAGUUUGAUUUCACUGUAGGACUUCUUUGGUUCACCAAAAAGCGCUAUGGUGGCUGGUAUAACUUAGAUAUAUUUCAGACAUACUGUUUAAUCAUCAGAAAAGGUUUCUGAAUGUUCACAUGGGUAUGGCAAUCUGUUUCUGCUUUUGGACAUAGUAUAUAUGAAAACCUUUUCUUCAUUUUGCCAUUUAAUCCAAGAUUGAUCCUCAAGAAAAUGUCAGUAAUUGAUCUUGUAAUUUUAGGAUCAAUAAAAUACGUUUUAAAGCACAGCAUAUCCUA